UUACUUUUCAGUCCCUAUUUGGAACUGCUCUCGCGGCAGUUCAGACCUCGUGCUCGUCCCCCAGUCUGUCUGUGUGUGGUAUCCGCAGGUCCGAGGCACUUUUUUUGGUGUGUGUGUGUGCGCUGAGUGUGUGUGCUGGGGUUUGUCGCGGCGCGGAGAGGAGAGCCGGCCGAGGGGAGGAAGGAAGCCGCAGAGCUCCGGGUCUGGCUGCGUCUCCCCGCCGGCGCUCACCGGCCCGCGAGCUCCGAGGCGGCCGCGGCGGUGGCGCUGAGCGCUCCGCUCCUAGCUGGGGACGCGGCGCUCGAGCUGGGAGGAGCGAGGACCCUUUGCGGAGGCUGCCUGUGCCCGCUGGAAUAAGAUGCCAGGGCGGCUGAUUUGCACGCACUGAACCCGGAGUUCCUCCCGGCCCUGGGAAGGGCUUGCGGCGGCGGCGGCGGUAGCAGACGGAACAGCGGCUCCGGUCUCCGAGGGGGGGCGUCGAAGCGCCCGCGCUGGGCUCCCACCCUCGCCCUCCGGCGCUCCUGCGGCCCCAGCCGCCACCUCGUUGCCUGCCUCCUUCCUCUUCUUGCCGCGAGCCCGGGCCCAGCCUUUUCUAGGACCCGACCCGCGCCCCGGAUGCUGGGGGCUGCCCCCGCGCGGCCCCCUCCCGGCGCAACGCGCUGAGUGACCCGGAGGGGCCACGGGCCUCGGGACUCCGCGCCGGGCCCGCCAGGGAGCCAACGAUGUCCGCGCAGCCCCGGGCUCUGACGCUGUCGACGCAGCCCGGGGAGGGCGACCGGCCGCAGCCCGCCGAUCCCUAGGCGCACAAAGCCCGCGCCCGCCGCCCGGCUCGGCGCCCGCCGACGACUUUGCCGCCCGCUCCGCGGCUCUUUGUCUGCACUUGGGGCGGGCGCCCGACUCUGGGAUUUCGCUGCGAGAGCGGGCUGGGGGGGCCGGGGGCGAGCUCUCGGUUUCCCGGCCGCCCCCCGCUCGGGCUCGGCUCCCCCCUCCCGCGCACCCCCUCGGCCCGGGCUCUCGGCUCUUCCACGCUCUCGGAAUCACGACCCCUCCCUGCCAUGUAUCCGCAAGGCAGACAUCCGGCUCCCCAUCAACCCGGGCAGCCGGGAUUUAAAUUCACGGUGGCUGAGUCUUGUGACAGGAUCAAAGACGAAUUCCAGUUCCUGCAAGCUCAAUAUCACAGCCUCAAAGUGGAGUACGACAAGCUGGCGAACGAGAAGACGGAGAUGCAGCGCCAUUAUGUGAUGUACUAUGAGAUGUCCUAUGGCUUGAACAUUGAAAUGCACAAGCAGACAGAGAUUGCGAAGAGACUGAACACAAUUUUAGCACAGAUCAUGCCUUUCCUGUCACAAGAGCACCAGCAGCAGGUGGCACAGGCGGUGGAACGCGCCAAGCAGGUCACCAUGACGGAGCUGAACGCCAUCAUCGGGGUACGUGGACUCCCCAGUCUGCCUCUCACCCAGCAGCAGCUCCAGGCGCAGCACCUCUCCCACGCCACGCACGGCCCCCCUGUCCAGUUGCCGCCCCACCCGUCAGGCCUCCAGCCUCCAGGGAUCCCCCCGGUGACGGGGAGCAGCUCCGGGCUGCUGGCGCUGGGCGCCCUGGGCAGCCAGGCCCACCUGGCGGUGAAGGACGAGAAGAACCACCAUGAACUCGACCACAGAGAGAGAGAAUCCAGUGCGAAUAACUCUGUGUCGCCCUCGGAAAGCCUCCGGGCCAGCGAGAAGCACCGGGGCUCCGUGGACUACAGCAUGGAAGCCAAGAAGCGGAAAGCGGAGGAGAAGGACAGCCUGAGCCGAUAUGACAGUGACGGGGACAAGAGUGAUGAUCUGGUGGUGGAUGUUUCCAAUGAGGACCCCACAACGCCCCGGGUCAGCCCGGCACAUUCCCCUCCUGAGAAUGGGCUGGACAAGGCCCGUGGCCUGAAAAAGGAUGCCCCCACCAGCCCCGCCUCGGUGGCCUCUUCUAGCAGCACACCUUCCUCCAAGACCAAAGACCUUGGUCACAAUGACAAAUCCUCCACCCCUGGGCUCAAGUCCAACACACCAACUCCGAGAAAUGAUGCCCCGACUCCAGGCACCAGCACGACCCCAGGGCUCCGGUCCAUGCCGGGCAAACCUCCGGGCAUGGACCCGAUAGGUAUAAUGGCCUCCGCCCUGCGCACGCCCAUCUCCAUCACCAGCUCCUACGCGGCGCCCUUCGCCAUGAUGGGCCACCACGAGAUGAACGGCUCCCUCACCAGCCCCAGCGCCUACGCGGGGCUGCACAACAUCCCGCCCCAGAUGAGCGCCGCUGCCGCCGCCGCAGCCGCCGCCUACGGCCGAUCGCCAAUGGUGAGCUUUGGAGCUGUUGGUUUUGACCCUCACCCUCCUAUGCGGGCCACGGGCCUUCCCUCGAGCCUGGCCUCCAUUCCUGGAGGAAAACCAGCGUACUCUUUCCACGUGAGCGCCGAUGGGCAGAUGCAGCCCGUGCCCUUCCCCCACGAUGCCCUGGCAGGCCCCGGCAUCCCGAGGCACGCCCGGCAGAUCAACACGCUCAGCCAUGGGGAGGUGGUGUGUGCCGUGACCAUCAGCAACCCCACGCGGCACGUCUACACAGGUGGCAAGGGCUGCGUGAAGAUCUGGGACAUCAGCCAGCCAGGCAGCAAGAGCCCCAUCUCCCAGCUGGACUGCCUGAACAGGGACAACUACAUCCGCUCCUGCAAGCUGCUCCCCGACGGGCGCACGCUCAUCGUGGGCGGCGAGGCCAGCACGCUCACCAUCUGGGACCUGGCCUCGCCCACACCCCGCAUCAAGGCCGAGCUGACGUCCUCAGCGCCCGCCUGUUAUGCCCUGGCCAUCAGUCCCGAUGCCAAAGUCUGCUUCUCCUGCUGCAGUGAUGGGAACAUUGCCGUCUGGGACCUGCACAACCAGACCCUGGUCAGGCAGUUCCAGGGCCACACAGACGGGGCCAGCUGCAUAGAUAUCUCCCACGAUGGCACCAAGCUGUGGACCGGGGGCCUGGACAACACCGUUCGCUCCUGGGACCUGCGGGAGGGCCGGCAGCUGCAGCAGCAUGACUUCACCUCCCAGAUCUUCUCCCUGGGCUACUGCCCCACCGGCGAGUGGCUGGCCGUGGGCAUGGAGAGUAGCAACGUGGAGGUGCUGCACCACACCAAGCCCGACAAGUACCAGCUGCACCUGCACGAGAGCUGUGUGCUCUCGCUCAAGUUUGCCUACUGCGGCAAGUGGUUCGUGAGCACUGGGAAAGACAACCUUCUCAACGCCUGGAGGACGCCUUACGGAGCCAGCAUAUUCCAGUCUAAAGAAUCCUCGUCCGUCUUGAGUUGUGACAUUUCGGCAGAUGACAAAUAUAUUGUAACAGGCUCUGGUGACAAGAAGGCCACAGUUUAUGAGGUCAUCUACUAAACAAGGACUCCAGCAGGGCUGUCAAACUCUGGGAGAAACCGACUCGGCUCUGACAGGGAGACCCCUGGGUGAGGGCCCCCCGAGGAUGGCGGAGGAGGGGCCGCGAGCCACCGAGCGUCCGGGCUGUGCCCCGGCAGGCUGAGAGGGUCAUGCCCCAGCCCGGUCUGGACUCUGGGCACGGACUGAUGUGUGUCUGCAGACUGGGAUGGAUCUUCCUCCUCCCCUCCCCCUCCACAAUGCUGGCACAUGCUACAAAUAGAUUUAUUUGGAGGCUUAUGGCUCUGGCUCCCCACAGACCCCCCAUGUCUUGAAUCUGUCUUUUCCUCCCCUCUCUUUUGACCUGUCCCCUCUGUCUUGGGUCAGGGACGAUGGAGUGGACCACAUCAUUGUACAGGGGGAGGGGGGAUCUCUUUUUCCCGAUUGUGCAGUGCACAAGAUGUGUGAAAAAUGUAAAUAAGACUCCUAUUGUGGACUGAUCAGUAGGGGAGGAGGCCCCUUCCCACCAGAAACUCUCGCCAUGUAUUUCGCCUGCUGUAUUUGUAACCCACUUGUGGUGGUGGCUUUUGUUUUAUUUUUUAUUUUUUAAACAGACGUUCCCAUCUGGGAAGGGGAGGCAGGGAGGGGGAACAAAUUGAAGAAUGGGCAGAAAAACCUUAGGGUGCGAAAAUGGAACCGCAGCUGGCAGCCAGACUGACCCAAGGUGCCCGCCGGUGAGCGUGGCUCCGAGCAGGUCUGCACGGAGUCUGGCCGGACGGAUGGCACCAAGGCCGGGCCAGCUUUCUGUGGCCUCCUGUGCCCUGGCUGUCCCCCGCCUCUCUGUGUCUCCCUCCCUCGGGCGUCUGUCCCUCGCCCGUUCUCUCUGGCUCUCUUCGGCCUCAGUCUUUCUCUUUGGUGCACACUUGGUUGUUGUGACGAGUCGGGGAAGUUCAAAGGAACUCCCUCUCCAGCCCUUCCUAAUCUUGAGACAAAGCCUAAAAAGGACAGAAAGUGAGAGGAAAGCAUAGCAACUCAGCUCAGGGAGCUACCGGAGAAAAAUAGCAACUGAUGUGGGUGCUUUUUUUUUUUUUUUUUAAUUUGAAUAAAAAGAAUUAGAAGUGAUGUCCUUUUAUAAAAUGCCUUCUCCCCCUUUCCUGCCUGCAGCCCCUUCCUCUCCCCCUCACGGGGGGGUGAUGUGCUAACCUACAGGGUCGUGAGUGAAAAGGUGAGCUGCCCCGACCCCUCGCUGCCCAGGGCCGUGGGGCCGGCUGCGUGGGGUGGGGGGACACGUCCUGGCACACUGUGGAGACCUCCUGCAGUUUCGUUCUCUCUUACGGGCCCAAACAGGUUACAGGCAGAAUACCGUCUGGCAGGUACCACUUUUUGGUACCAAAAUGUUUUGAGGUAUUAGGAUUUUGUUGUGGGUUUUUUUUUUUUUUUUUUUGGUCUUUUUAUUUUCUUCUUUUAAAGAAAAGCUAAAGGCCGCUGUGAGUCCUGGUGGUGGGCUCUCCAUGGAUGUAGCAUAUGGAAGAUAAUUUUUAUACUGCAUUUUUAUGGAUUAUUUUAUAACGUGUGAUUCUGUCUGGUGAGGAGGAGGGAGGGGCCGCAGCGGAAACCGCCCGUCUUCGAUGACGUUGCUCCCGGCCGAGCAGCCAGCGCCCCGACGCCACGUGGAGGCCGGGACGUCGCGGCCGGCGCCACACCCCUGCCUUGGCGAGUCUCACUGGGUCUCAGAUGUUCGUCCGCCACCUCUUGCUGAGGCUCUAGCCAGGAGGGAGGGUGAGGGUAGAAGAAAGUUAUUCCUGAAGAAAAAAAGAAAAUGAAAAGUUAAUUGUAAUGAGCUGUUUUUAUAUUUUUAAAAGUUACUAUUUAAAGGUU